GGCGCGCUCACUUCCGCGUCCCGCCGCCCUGCGGGCCGCGCGCGCCCAGCCACCGCUGCCAUCGGACAAUAGGUCGCCCGCCCCGGCUGCCGGGAGCUUCCUGCCGCGGCCCGGCCGGCCCGUGCGCCCCGGGCCGCGCUCCCUCCCCGCGCCGGCCGGGAUCCCAGCUCCGCGGGCGCCGGGGGCAGCAGCGGAGGACUGAGCGCCCGGGACGUGCCUGCGCCCGGCGCCGCUGCUUCUCUGCUCCGGCCGGGGGGUCGGCGGCCUCCACAGCCCGGCAGAGCCGGCUUCGCCGCCUUGUUGUGGGUUUCCGAGUUUGGUCGCUUAAGGAGGAUGUGAUUUUUUUUUUUUCUAUUUCUUUUUCCUUUUAUGAUUUGAAAAAGAGAAGAGAACGCACAGCAACCUGGGACAGCGAAGCGCCACCAGCUGCCCCCACGUGGACACCUCCGAGGGGAAAGGGAGUUGGAAGCAAACUUGGUCCGACUGGCCCGGAGGCCUCAAUUUCGGCUGGACCCUUUGGCCUGGGGUCAUGACUCUCAUGCUGGGCAAGUGGAAGGCUUUACCUGUCUCCGGCUGGACUUGAGCCCCUACCCUUCGCCAGCAUCUCCCCCCCACGCUCCCACGCACCCUCACGCCUGGCACCUGGACUAAGCCCAGACACCCAUCUGAGACAUGGAUAAGUACGACGACCUGGGCCUGGAGGCCAGUAAAUUCAUUGAGGACCUGAACAUGUAUGAGGCUUCCAAGGAUGGACUCUUCCGAGUGGACAAGGGGGCAGGCAACAACCCGGAGUUUGAGGAAACACGCAGGGUGUUUGCCACCAAGAUGGCCAAAAUCCACCUCCAGCAGCAGCAACAGCUCUUGCAGGAGGAGACCCUGCCCAGGGCGAGCCGAGGCCCUGUCAACGGUGGGGGCCGCCUGGGCCCACAGGCCCACCGGGAAGCUGCUGUGGGCAGCAAACUGACCAUGGAUGGUGCUGCCAAGCCCCCUCUUGCUGCCCCGACAGUGGGUCCUGGAGCAGCCACCACCAUUGCCGCUGGGCAGCCCAUGUACCCACCCCAGGAGCAGAGGGCCAGGCCAUAUGUCCGUGCCACGAGGCAUGGCACCCAGGACUGUGGUUCCAGGGAGAGCCUGGAGAGUUCUGAGCCUGCUUUCCACCGCCUGGGACCCUGCCAGGAUCCUUCCUGCCUCACCCAUGGAGAUUAUUAUGACAACCUCUCCUUGGCAAGCUCAAAGUGGGGUGAUGAACCAGGAAUGUCCCCCAUCGUCAAGCUGGGUGUAGGGAGUGGGUGGCCUGGUCCCCCAGGGAGUGGCCCACCACUGCCCAAACCCUCCAGGGACCAUCACCUGUACCAGCCGCAGCUCUCCCCGAGCUCCAGCAGGUCAUUUGAGAGCAGCCAGGAUGGUGGUGCUGGUGGCCGCAGCAAUGAGAAGCCAGCAGGUCUCUGGACCACUGCUUCCUCCCAGCGGGUGAGCCCUGGCCGUCCUUCCCCAGGCCUGGAGAACGGGGCCCUCCUGGGGCCCCCUCAGCCCAAGACCCCUUCUUUCUCAGCACCCCUGGCCCUGAACUGCCCCAGUCAAGGAGCUCUUCCAAGAACAAACUCGGGGGUGGGGAGCGAGGUUUCAGGCAUGAUGCCCAAACCCACUGUGGACUCUCAAUCCUGGUUCCAGGAUGGUCCCAAAUCUUACCUUCCGAGUUCUGCCCCAUCAUCGUCGCCAGCCAACACGGACAGUUUGCAUUCGGGUGUGGCUCCUGGGCUGGGUCCUAAGCCUGGCUGCACAGACCCUGGCGGUGGUCCCAAGCUCAGCCCCACCAGCCUUGUCCAUCCAGUGAUGUCCACCCCACCUGAGUUAUCUUGUAAAGAAGGUCCUCCUGGCUGGUCCCCUGAUGGCAGCCCGGGGCCUGUGCUCCCAGAGAGCCCCAGCACCCCCAGGGUGAGGCUACCCUGCCAGACCCUCAUCCCGGGCCCUGAGCUUGGGCCCUCGGCCGCUGAAUUGAAAUUAGAAGCCCUCACCCAACGUCUGGAGCGUGAGAUGGAUGCUCACCCGAAGGCCGAUUACUUUGGAGCCUGUGUGAAAUGCAGCAAAGGGGUGUUUGGGGCCGGUCAGGCCUGCCAGGCCAUGGGGAACCUCUACCACGACGCGUGCUUCACCUGUGCGGCCUGCAGCCGGAAGCUGAGAGGAAAAGCCUUUUAUUUUGUCAAUGGCAAAGUGUUUUGUGAGGAAGACUUCCUGUACUCUGGGUUCCAGCAGUCUGCGGACAGGUGUUUUCUUUGUGGACAUCUGAUCAUGGACAUGAUCCUACAGGCCCUGGGGAAGUCCUACCACCCUGGCUGUUUCCGCUGUGUCAUCUGUAACGAGUGUUUGGACGGCGUGCCCUUCACCGUGGACUCAGAGAACAAGAUCUACUGCGUCCGAGAUUACCACAAGGUGUUGGCCCCCAAGUGUGCCGCCUGUGGCCUUCCCAUCCUUCCUCCUGAGGGCUCAGAUGAGACCAUCCGUGUCGUGUCCAUGGACAGAGACUACCAUGUGGAGUGUUACCACUGCGAGGACUGUGGGCUGGAGCUCAAUGAUGAAGACGGUCACCGCUGCUACCCACUGGAGGACCACCUAUUCUGUCACUCCUGCCACGUGAAGAGGCUGGAGAAAGGCCCCUCGUCCACAGCCCUUCACCAGCACCGCUUCUAGCCGGAGCCUCUCACAGACAUCACGGCGGGGAUGAAAAGCCAGGGUUGCACGAUGAGAAAUCUGCCUGUUAAUUCCAGUGGCCCCUGGGGUGGAAUUGGGCUAGAGGGGAAGGAGGGUAGGCUGGCGAGUUCCUGCACAUCCACGUGGGAUCCCUGGCCUUUAACCUGGGAGGUGGACCCUGCCUGUCUGUGUGUAUUUUCCAAGUGCCUUUCUCCGCUGCCACACCCUCACCAGAUUACUCAGGACGACACUCCAGCAAGUGUGUGGCAUGUGACAGGAGAUUGCAUCAGCGUACCUGAAUGAACCCUCCUGUCCACUCUGGUAACAGUUCGUGCUUCAGAGGGAAAGGUUUGCGUUGAAUGUAUUUCACAAUAUCCUGUGAAGAGAGAUUUCAGCUGCCAAUACAUUCAACCCUUUCCCUCCGCUUAGGAAAGUCCCUGCACCCAAACACCCCCUCCUGCCCCGGGUGCAUGUACACACACGCACAUGUACACACACUGCGCCCCCCCCCAUGUCGAGCUUCGAUUUUUCUGUAGAAUGGCUGCAAAUUUUAAUUGCAUUAUUGCAAGAGGGAAGCCCUAACAUGUGCUCUGUAUCUUAGGGAGAAUUUACUUGCUCAGCCAGAGCUAAGUUUUGAAAUAAGCGAGACAGGGUUUCCUGCUCGUCCCCCGACAGCGUACCGUGUGCCGCUGCAAAUCUUCACUCCCUUCCAGGCAGCUGGGGGCCCGAUGGAGAUUUGCCCUGUCCUAGCAAAUUGUGCUUCGGGACGAGAACUUGGUGCAGGCACCAGGCUCUUCUGGCCCCUUGUUUGUGCUUUUUAUCUGGAGCUCUCCAGAGUCUGUGACUUUGGAGUCCCUCCUGCAAAGGCAAGACUCCAGAUGCUAUGGGGGGACAUCUCUUGUGCCUGUUUUCGCUUAUUUAACAGUGUGAAGUCCUGCUCGCAGACUGAGAGCCAGCGCUUGGUAAAGGAGGAUAGUUUUUGUGUGUGUGAGGUCUCUAGGCCAGCAUGAGAGGGAGGGCCUCAGGGUAAGUUAUGAUAUUCAUUUCACAGGUUUCUCUCUUGCCCAGUUCUUGGCACAGGCAUUAUGUUUGAGGAAACCGGUAUAAGGUACAUGUUUUUGUUUGUUUUUUCUUUUUUUGUUUUCCUCCGCUUUCAAUCUUCCACACACACAAAAUACCUCACAGAUAAGAGCUUUACCACAUGGCAGAUUAAGGAGGUGCUCGGCCCUCACCCUGGACUCAGAUACCUUCCUAGCUAUGUUAGGAAUCUCUGGCUUCACACAGGCUAGACUCCAGCAGGCCAGGCCACUGUAUUCUUAACUGAAGGGCAACUGGGAAUAGAUCUGAUUGAAACGAGGUGCUAUAGCCUUAUGCAUUUCAGCACAGUGCCACCCUGGCGUGGCAAGGGCUAAGGGAGGGCCACACGCUGGCAAGAUUUCAAGGCCACUGAAGAGGCAGAAUUUGCCCUGCAUGUCACGUUCCUGAGGCCAGAGGUCAAUACCCCUUGGUAUUUCAAUGAGAAGAAGCUGUAAAAGAAAAGAAAGAAAAAAAAAGAUUGGCUGGCAUUUGCUCUCUCAGCCUGUGGAGAGGGCCCCGUGGCCUUGUCACAGGAGGGUGGGGCUGUCUCACCACUGCCAGCCAGGCCAGGAGAUGCAUCUGGCGUCUGCUCUCCACCCCCUCACCCCACACCCAGAGCCAGGGGACUGGGUGUUGGUGCCACAGAGGGUGGUCAGUGGAGCCCAAAGGCACAUGGGACGCACAGACUUUUCACUGCUCUUGGCACCACUUCUAGGCCUUAUUUUCACUCAUUUGGUAGCAGUUGCUUUAAGAAGCACAGAAUUGGCACCAUGGGUUGUCUUUUCCGUUACUAUUAAAUUCAUUCUGUUGGAAUUCUUUGGCCACAUGUCACUUCAGCCCGGGCCCUGUGCUUUCAUUGGUUCCUUUUCAUGGGCUGGGCCUCCUGAAAACUCGUAAAUGCAUGGGGCCUGCAAAGUGAACCCUGGGGUCAUACCUCUCCCUUCCACCGACCUGCUCAGCUCAGCUUUGGCAAGGCUGGUGGGCAAAUGAAGCCAGCCGGUGUGUCUUAACCUGCCUGUGCCAACUGAGGAACGUCUCUGGCCUUGCUGACACACCUUCGCUCCACUUCCAAGUCAAAACAGAGUGAAGAAAUUGCCUCGGAGCCACUGUCAGAAGUGGCAGAGACUUGUUUGCAAGUUGGGUAACUAAUUAGUUAAACAGUCUGUGAUUAAUUUUUUAAAUGAAAUUUUUAAAGUGGCCUUGAUUGAAGUGAUUCAGAUAGCUCUGCAAAUAUGGCAUUUUAAAUCGUUGAAGAAGAGCCGUAAGAGAAUUUCCAGACGUUCUAGAAAUCAGGGCAGCAACUUGUCUUAUCAGCAUCCCUGGAGAGGACACCGAGUAGGAAUCUUGCCCCACUUGUUUCUCUCCUCCUCGGGCCCAUGCAGAAAAGCCAUGAAGAGAUGGCCACCUACCUGGUAUUUUAAAUGUUCUAUAAGUUUCUAGCAAAAUAGAACUGUAAUGAGGUUGUAUUUAUAGGCACGUAGAAGGUAAACACAGGCACCUGGUAGACCAGGAUGAAUAAGUUUGUCUUAAAAGGUAAAGCAAAUAGCCCUUCCUGAGUUCUCUAGACAGCUCUUGGACUUUAGAUCAACGAGGAGAAUUAUGACCUGAUUCUAGACCCCAAAGCCCGCCUCCAGCAUUCUCCUUUGCCUCAUUUUGCCCUUUAGUUUUUUCUUGUCUUUUUUCCCCCCCUAGCUAGGGCCAUUCAGAAACUGCCUGGGUGGUCUGAGAAAAGCCAGUAACCCAGUUUGGCCUCCUAGAUCAGGAUAUUCUCUCUCUCUCUCUCAUGUUCUUCCCCCCUCUGUCAUUGAGUAGAGUGAUUGCUUCAUCUCUUAACACGGAGGAGCAUUUAGUCCUGUCUGGGUCAUUGCCUGUACAUGGCAGCAGGUUCCGUUUCUCCGUGGUUAGUGCUCGAGCGAAAACUUGUUUCAGCUGAGUCCACUGAGAUGAUGUCAUUGAGACCUGGGUGGCCAAUGAGAUAAGCAAGGUGUUCUGAUCACCUUCAAGUGUUGCCAUCACCUUGUUUUCAUGGGCUCAGGUCACACUUACAAAAGGAGAGACAGAAAUGUUAGGACUUGAGGGAAUUAUUUGGAAUUCAGUCUUUGCCCGGCUGUUUUUGUGUGCCGUUUCCCAUGUGCCCGAAAGAGAGCUGUGAUAGUUGCUGGUACCCUUGCAAAGAAUGUGUGCUCAGCUUGACCCCCAAACUGUUGUUGCUUGAUGCGCUUGUUAAAACUCUGUCUGCCAGGAAACCAAAUUCUUUGUACUCUCCUUUGUGCCAGGAAUAGGUCCUAAUUCCCCAGUUACUAUUUGAAGUAACUUUUAAAAGUAAUAGAAAAAAUGAGUAAAAUAUAUUAGCUAUGUAUUAUUCUGAGCCAGAACUGGACAGAUGUGGGAAAUUUCCAUAUGGUGUAUGAAAAUUUCACUGUGCAGGGAAAUUAUAUUCCUCUGUCUCUUCUUUUACUAUAAAAUUAUUCAAAAUAUUGUUACUAUGAAAUUAUUCCAAAUUUUACUGUUACUAUAAAAUUCUUCAAAAUAUUGUUACUAUAAAAUUACUCAAAAUUUUACUGUUACUAUAAAAUUCAAAAUAUCAUGACAAUAAAACUGCAUCAAUUUGUAGAUCAUUAAAGUGCUCUCCAACAUAA